GACGAGGUGUGGCUGGAGCUCCAUUUAGCAACACUCAGCAUUCAGCCUGUCGCAUUCAUCAUCCCGGCAAAAUAGAAAACACCCAAGAUCACGCUCUGUCGUCUCCAUCACCGAACCCACCAACUCCCGUCGAGAGCAUCGUCGCCAACACCUCGCCAUGUUCGACUAUACCAAAUUCGAUCACGUUUUCGGAGGGCAAGAGUUCCCCUACGAUCGCAAAACCAUCCAGGAGAUCGACACGUCUCGCAAGAGUCUCGAUGGCGCUCUGUUCAUUGAUCGGGUGCUCAAGGCAUUGGGCCUCACCAAGGCCAAGACAUAUCCUCCCAAAUCCGAGAGCGCCCUGCGAACACUACACCAGCACCUCUGCGAAACCACCAUCUCGACGCACCACCGGCUCUCCAUCUUCUACUACAUCCUGCUUGACUUCGACACGAGCCAAGCCAGAGCUCAGGCGUCGUCCAAGUUUGCAGUCACGUCGGGCGUCCCCAAGAACUACCAGAUUUUCAUGAAGGGUCUGUGGCUCCUGGACCACGAGCAGUUCGAAAAAGCACUCGAAUACAUCGCGCAUCCCUCGCUUACCACCGACUUCGCCGACGAGAUCAUGACAGCCCUUGUGCGCCGUGCGCCCGACGGCGACUACACCUUGCCUCUGUCGUAUUUCCACACGGUCCAGCCCAUACUCAAGACUUCUGCGGCCAUGGAGCUGCUAUUUGAUGCAAUGGCGCGCACCAGCGUCACCGAGGCGCUGUACUUUUCCAGGACGCACGCCGACGCCGUGAGAGCGCAGCUCUUCCGCCAGUUGAUCUCGACAGUGAUCGGUGCCCCUGCCAACGAGGAGACCGCCGCCCGAGCCACGGAGCUUGUGGGCCUGCCCUUUGACGCGACGGAGGAAACGUGGUUCGAGGAAUAUCUGUCCGAAGGAGACGGCAAGAAGCUGAAGCGAGCAAGAGACACGUUGCUCAUGCGAAAGCUUGUCACAGGCCGGCUGAGCGAGGCCGUCAAGGACAAGAACCUGGGAGGCAGAUGGGGAGUGGUGCUGGAAGGCGUCAAGAGCGGCUUGGGUGGCCGAGCGGCAUAACGCGUGUUGAAAUGGUGACGUCCCUCAAAUGCUGAGGUGGUAAAAUCGUGAGUUUGGCAUAGCGUUGGCGUUUGGACUGGUUUGUGUUCAUCUUGAAAUUAGGGGGCAAGCUGAAGCUCAGCCCGCUCACCCGACCAACUUGGAGAAGCGGUCAGUUAAGCAGGAGUGAGAACAACAGUAAAAAGUCUAUGGGUCCAUGGAAUCUAGCCCGAGUUACUUGAUCUGUGUCAAGGCUAAACAUUGUCAAAUUGGACUGAGCGAACAAGCUGAGCCAGGUGAGCCAGAUUCGGUAUGGUGAAGAAGUGAGAGCGUCAGAGAGAAAGAGAGAGAGAGAGAGAGAGG